AUGGCGGCGGCAGCGGGAGGCCCGGCGGGCGGCCCGGUGUGUGUGCUGGUGCUGGGCAUGGCCGGCUCCGGGAAAACCACCUUCGUUCAGUGCCUCGCCGCCCACCUGCACGGGCAGCGCUGCCCCCCCUACGUGAUCAACCUGGACCCCGCCGUGCACGACCUGCCCUUCCCCGCCAACAUCGAUAUCAGGGACACUGUGAAGUACAAAGAAGUCAUGAAACAAUAUGGGCUAGGCCCAAAUGGUGGAAUAGUGACCUCUCUCAAUCUCUUUGCUACAAGAUUUGACCAGGUGAUGAAGUUUAUUGAAAAAAGACAAAAUGCAUCCAGGUAUGUUAUUCUUGACACACCAGGGCAAAUUGAGGUGUUCACCUGGUCAGCAUCAGGAACCAUCAUAACUGAGGCCUUGGCUUCCUCUUUUCCUUCAGUUGUUGUAUAUGUGAUGGACACUUCUCGCAGUACUAACCCUAUCACUUUUAUGUCCAACAUGCUGUAUGCCUGCAGUAUCCUGUACAAGACAAAGCUACCUUUCAUUGUAGUCAUGAACAAAACUGACAUAAUUGACCACAGUUUUGCAGUGGAAUGGAUGCAGGACUUCGAGACUUUUCAGGAUGCCCUGAAUCAAGAGACUUCCUAUGUCAGUAACCUGACUCGUUCUGUGGGUUUAGUGUUGGAUGAACUUUUCAGUUCAUCAAAGUUAAGGUCUUCCUUUUUUUACUACCUCUCCUAAAAGCCUGGAGAAGAGCAGGUUCAAGGAGAACAUUUUUGCUGUGCAUAAAUGCCUGGGAGGAGGGUGUAAGGAAGGCGAGCGGCAGACUCUGUUCACUGGGGCGUGGGGAAAGGACAAGAGACAGCAGACACAAGGUGAGACACAGGAAACUAUGUUUAAAGGGAAGAGAAAAAAAUUACUUUAAUUUUACUAAUUCUGCACUGCAACAGAUGGUCCAGAGAAAUUGUGGAGUCUCCAUCCUUGGAGAUGCUUAAAACACUUUUGCUCAGGCAAAGUCGUGAGCGACCCAUUCUACCUAAUCCUGCUUUUUGAGCAGGAGAGAUUGGACUAG